GAAAUUUAAAUAUAAUAAAACACACACAGCCAUACACUUGCAUAUGUACAUACACACACAAAACAUUUGUAAAAAGCGAACCCAGAAAAACUAGCUGAGAAACAACAACAAAAACACACACAGACACGUCAAAAGUGCAGUACGAAAGCAGAAAAUCUACAAAUUCUGUGCAAAAUUGUGCAAAAGUCGAAAAUUUGUAUGAAUACAAAGUCAAAAUCGCAAAUCGUUUUUCUAAUUCGCUAAAUCAAAGUAAAAAUUAUCAAAAAAAAAAAAAAAUUGAAGUUUUUUCUGCGUAAAGUGUGUAGUAAUAUGCAUUAAAGCACGAAAUUCUUAUCAAAAAAGCAAAGAAGAAAGUAAAAUCGCCGCUCCAACAGCAGCAUCCACUACAACAACAACAACAAAAUUGAAAUUAAAUUUCCGCCUCCUCAGCCUCCUCGUAGCAAUUUAUACGUCGGUGUGUGUGUAUAUGUUUUUUUAGCGCGCUUACUUCGUGCAUACGUGUGUGUGUGUAAGCCGAAGUUUGCAAAUAAACGCGUUUGUGUUUGUAGCGCAGAAAGCGAAAACUGUUCGAAAAAAAAAACCAAAAAAAGUAAGGAUUGGAAAAUUGCAUGAAAAACUGCAGCACAACUUGCAGUCAUCGUUGAAGCCUGCAAACUUGAAGUUGCGUUUUCGGUUGAGCUCAAAGCCCAARCGCGUAAGUGUAGUUGUUAUUAUCUGUGUUUUGGUGUAUUUACGCUAAACACGCUAAUCAWUCAGCUAAGAAGUCGGUGUGUAAAGCAAAUAUACACGUAAAUUAAAAACUGUCGCCCGUCCGUCGGCAAAGUGAAAGUGCAAGAACGUAAAGGUGCAGCAGCAGCCAGCCAAAAGCCAGCAGCUAGGAGUAAAGCGCAGCAGCGGCGAUAGUUGAGGAAGACGUGCUUUGAACGCUGAUUCGUAUAAGCAAACAAGCAAGCAGACAAAGGUGGCACUAGCAAUAGCAACACCAACAGCAAACCAAUACCAGAUACCAACCGACCUGUUAUACCAACGACAAAAGAGUUGGCCACAAGCAAGUAGAACCAAGUGCUGAAAUUGCAUGUAAAAACGCAGACAACGAAGAAAACGCACCAAAACGUAGUUGAAAAUAACGUGUAAUAAAGGAAAAGUGGAAAAUUCUUAAGUGCGGAAUAUUUAUUGAAAUUAUCGAAAAGCAAGCGCUGCCAAAAUAAGUGCACACGCUACGCAAGAAAACCAAACGAAAAAACGCGAUAAAGAAGUCGCGUCUUAAGCCAACAAAAAGCGGAAGCAAAGCGCUAAARCUCGACAGCCAAGCAUUUAGGCCGUCAGCCAGAGCUAAAGCUAAAGCCAAUUAAUCCCAUUGCUAAGCGCCGCACCGCGCAGCGUCUACGCCAACUAAACUCCAACUUUUGUUCGGUCGCGUUGUACCGCGUUCAGCAGUAGCGCUGGAAUACUUUAUUUCACCCCCCGGUCCAAUAAACGUCGCCAAAAUAAUUCACCAACAAACAAUCACCGACAUCAACUUCGCAACGGCGACCACAAUGCCAUAUAACGGCGCCAGCAAUGGCAGCGGUGGUGGCGGCGGCGGAGGUGGUGGCGGUAUAAGUGAUGGACCGCAAAACAAGAAGAUACGUACGGGCGUACAACAGCCGGGCGAAGCGGAUGCACAUCUGCAUGCAAGG